AGUUGGGCUGCUGGAGUGCGGCGCCACCGCUGAGGACAGGGGGAGCUGGCGGGCAGCGGGUGAGGGGGUGGCGGGGACGCGAGUGGCGGCCGCGGGGCGCCGGACAAGGGUCCGCAGAGCUGCAGCCUUCGAGUGCCAGCCCUCUCCGAGUCCGGGGCUGUGUCCCAGCCGUGACAAGGCGGCAGCCCCGCGAGCACCAAAGAGAAGGCGGCUGUGGCGACAGCGGCAGCCCCAGCCAUGCUGUGUUAUGUGACGAGGCCGGACGCGGUGUUGAUGGAGGUGGAGGUGGAGGCGAAAGCCAACGGCGAGGACUGCCUCAACCAGGUGUGCAGGCGACUGGGAAUCAUAGAAGUUGACUAUUUUGGACUGCAGUUUACCGGUAGCAAAGGUGAAAGUUUAUGGCUAAACCUGAGAAACCGGAUCUCCCAGCAGAUGGAUGGGCUAGCCCCUUACAGGCUUAAACUGAGAGUCAAGUUCUUCGUGGAGCCUCAUCUCAUCUUACAGGAGCAGACUAGGCAUAUCUUUUUCUUGCAUAUCAAGGAGGCCCUCUUGGCAGGCCACCUCUUGUGUUCCCCAGAGCAGGCAGUGGAACUCAGUGCCCUCCUGGCCCAGACCAAGUUUGGAGACUACAACCAGAACACUGCCAAGUAUAACUAUGAGGAGCUAUGUGCCAAGGAGCUCUCCUCUGCCACCUUGAACAGCAUUGUUGCAAAACAUAAAGAGUUGGAGGGGACCAGCCAGGCUUCAGCUGAAUACCAAGUUUUGCAGAUUGUGUCGGCAAUGGAAAACUAUGGCAUAGAAUGGCAUUCUGUGCGGGAUAGCGAAGGGCAGAAACUGCUCAUUGGGGUUGGACCUGAAGGAAUCUCAAUUUGUAAAGAUGACUUUAGCCCAAUUAAUAGGAUAGCUUAUCCUGUGGUGCAGAUGGCCACCCAGUCAGGAAAGAAUGUAUAUUUGACAGUCACCAAGGAAUCUGGGAACAGCAUCGUGCUCUUGUUUAAAAUGAUCAGCACCAGGGCGGCCAGCGGGCUCUACCGAGCGAUAACAGAGACGCACGCGUUCUACAGGUGUGACACAGUGACCAGCGCCGUGAUGAUGCAGUAUAGCCGUGACUUGAAGGGCCACUUGGCAUCUCUGUUUCUGAAUGAAAACAUUAACCUUGGCAAGAAAUAUGUCUUUGAUAUUAAAAGAACAUCAAAGGAGGUGUAUGACCAUGCCAGGAGGGCUCUGUACAAUGCUGGCGUUGUGGACCUCGUUUCAAGAAGCAACCAGAGCCCUUCACACUCGCCUCUGAAGUCCUCAGAAAGCAGCAUGAACUGCAGCAGCUGCGAGGGCCUCAGCUGCCAGCAGACCCGGGCGCUGCAGGAGAAGCUACGCAAGCUGAAGGAAGCCAUGCUGUGCAUGGUGUGCUGCGAGGAGGAGAUCAACUCCACCUUCUGUCCCUGUGGCCACACUGUGUGCUGUGAGAGCUGCGCCGCCCAGCUACAGUCAUGUCCCGUCUGCAGGUCGUGUGUGGAGCACGUCCAGCACGUCUAUCUGCCAACGCACACCAGUCUUCUCAAUCUGACUGUAAUCUAAUCUGUUGUGCUUUUAUUGGACUUGCCAUGUUUCCAUGAACUGCACUAUUAUAAACUAUUAAAAUGAUAGAUUGUGGAGAAAGUAAUUACUCCAACACCCAUCUGCCACGCGAUGUUAAAAAAAAAAAAAAAAGGGAAGAAAAAUAA